AUGUCGUUCUUCUCUCAGGUGUCUGAGGAGGAUCAGAGGUGGAUGCGUCUGGAGGAGCUGGUUGGACCUGCAGCUCACAUCACUCACAGAUCUGGUUCCCUGGUCCAGAUCUCCUCUGAGUAUGAAGACCUAAAAUUACAGCUGCAGACUAAAAACAUGAUCAUCUCUGAUCUGGAGAGGGAGCUCAGAGAAAGUUACCUGCAAAGACAACAGACAGCAUCAGAGGGGUUGGACAGCAGCGAGAGGCUAGCUCACCUGCAGACUGAGCUCUCAUGUCUGCAGCAGAUCCACAAAGAAAACACCAAGGAGAUCGCAGAGAAAGACGUCUGCAUCACUAAACUACGAGCCAACAUCGAGCUGCUGCAACAAGACGGCUCAGACACACUGGCCCAGCUCUCUGAGCUGAGUGAGAGAGCGAGGGAGCUUCAAGAGGAGUUGAAGAAAAAAGAGGAAGAAUGGAGCCAAAAAGAAGAAGAACGUCGGCUGAGGUGUGAAAAGGAGCUCCAGAAGUCAGAGGAGAGGAAGAGGAAGGAGCAGCAGAAGAGAGAGGAGGCAUGGAGGAGGGUAAUCAAGGAGGAGAGAAAGGCCCACACUAAAGCUGUGAGAAAGUGGGCUGAGACGACGGCGAGUUUGAACGCCGAGUUACAGACCAGUGAAAGCACGAGAAGGGACGUCAGUGAAACCUUGGAUAAGACCAGAACCAGCCUACAUAUAGAGAGACAGCAGAAGCAGCAGAUCCAGGACCAGUUGGACCAUGUCACCGGUGUGAUGGAGGGUCUGCAACAGGAGCUGACACAGGUGCAGGACGCAGCUACAAAGACGAUUCACAAAAAGGAAGACAAAAUCGGCACGCUGCUGAAGGAGGUGAUGGAGAGGAAGAGACGGCACGCUGCCUGUCAGAGCGAGUUGCUCCAAAAACAGAAAUCUUCGGAGAAGCUGAGCGAGGAGAGGGAUGAGCUGAGAGCCAAGAUGGACGAGCGGAGCAGGGAGUGUGUCCACCUCAGUCGGGCCCAGGAGAGACUGGAGGCUGAUUUGGCUUUGAGCCAUGAGAAACUGCACACCUUCCACCUGGAGCUGCAGGUCUUUGAAGGGAAACUAAAGGCCCAGGAGGUUGAGAUUGAACAUCUUCACCAGCAGCUUAAAGGAGCCAAAGAGGAGCUGAAAGAAGCCGGAUUACAGAAGGAAAGUGUCGCCAUACUAAAACAAAAAUACACAGCAGCCAUAGAGAAGGUGCAUCGAGUACAAGGCCGGGUGGAGCUGCUCGAGGAGGAGCUACGGUAUUCACAACAACAGCUGACAGACUCCCAGUUAGCCACCCAAGCUGUGAAGGCAGAGCUGACAGAGAUGACUCAGCGGUUUCAGGAAAAGGUAGUCCAAUGGGAGAACUCUCAGGAGGCUCUAGACCAGCUGACAGACGAGCUCCAGGCCAAUCAGAUCCUACUGAGAGAGAGUCAACAGGAAGUAGACGCUCUGAAACAGCAGAGGAUCAUGUCGGAGCGUAAUCUGAAGUUAUAUCAGCAGAGUCACUCUCAUUCUGAUGACGAGUAUCUCAGCCUGCUAUCAGACCAGCAGCAGCUUCAGCAGAGGUGUGCCUUACAGUUUGAUCACCACGCGGAGUGUGAGCGGGUUAUUCUUCAGAUGAAGUCAGAGCUGCAGAGACAAUCUCAGGAAACAGCGGCGCUCAAACAGACCCUCGUUUCAUCCAACCAUGCCCACACCAGCAACCGCGUCCAGCUGGAACAGGAAGUAAAACUUCUAAAAGAGGAAGUUACACACUUGAAGGUUGAGCUGGUUGACAACCAGAAGGUUCAUGCGGCACUUCUCCGUCAGUCAGAGGAGGAGCUGAAGCAGGCCAGACGAGAGGCGGCGAGAAGGAGCGGAGAGGUGGACAUGAAGAGGGGAGAGCUGGAGGCUCUUAGAGGAGACUUACAGAAGGAGGAGGAGAAGACGAGGACAGCACUGAGAGAGAUACAGAGUCUGAGAGGUCACGUCAGGAUGCUGAGAGACGAGCUGGAGGAGAUACACAAAACGCACCGAGUGACAGUGGACAAGUUGGCAGCCCGUGCAGAGGAGGCGAGGCGGAUGGAGGGGCGCCUGACUGAGGGGAAGCUAGCCGAGGAGAAAAUGAGGUCAGUGGCUGUGAGGAUGGAAAUGGAGGUGGACGAGCUGAAGAGGGAUCUGCAGCACGCCAUUGAUCAAAAACUGGAGUUAGAGCGAGAGAAAGAGGAUGCACAGGAGCAGGUGGAGGCUCUCCGAUCUGAGCUGGAGGAGACGCGGUCUAACAACACAAACCUUCGCCAUGAGAGCCAGCUGGUUAUGACAAACGUCAACAGAUGGAUCACUGAACAGAAAGCUUCCAACAUGAACCUCACAGCCCAGAUGAGGGCCCAGAAUAAGGUUCUGCUCAUCCUUACUGAGGAAAAGGAGCAUCUUCAGGAAGCUAAUGACACACUGAACGCUGAGGUAAAGAGACUGAAGGAAGCUGCCAAUGAGAAGGAGAGAGAAAUCGAACGCUUAAAGGCCCAGAUAAGAGACCAGAGCGCCCUACAAGACCACCACAUCCAGGAGAAGCACAGAUGUGUCGCCCGAAACCUGGACAAAAUGGAGGACAUGCAGACCCGACUGCAGAUCAACCUGAAGGCCAUCGGGACGCUAAAUCAACAAUUGAACGCCCUCAGCAGAGAGAACAGGCGUCUGCGUAGGCAGCUGGAGGAGGAGAGGUCCAUGCGAAGACCAGAAGACAAACCGUGCUCCUCUGUCUGCCGCCCCCUCUCCCCUACUGCCCGCCCACCUCCUCCCUCCACCUCCUUACCCUCAUCUCUCCACCGUCCUCCUCCCCUGAGCUCGGACACAGCGACCGCAGACCUCCUAGCCCACGCCGAGCUGGGCCGGGCUGGGCCUGAGAGACCAGGUGAGUCCCAGACUCUGGGUGGAGUGUUCAGGAGAGCGGCGAGCAGCUCCGUGGAAAAACGCGCUCGGUCUGGGAGAACGAGCGGGGAUGUGAUCAAAUGA